CUAGUACUGAUUCUUUUCUGUGAUAAAAUUCAAAAAAUCAAAUGUACUCAAAUUACAAUACUAAUAAUUUAUAUAGGACACAUUUGCAGUGAUUUUCUUGCACCAAGAUGUUAGAAUUAAAAUUUUUUCGUAUAACAAAUUUCUAUAUUUCUUAUUUCCUCAAAAAUAUUUUUAAUAUUUAGUUAUAUAAGUUUCAUUAACUUGCAAUGAUGGAGAAUCAAAUUACUCGAUGAGUUUACAUCACUAAGAUGAUAGAUAACACAUGGAUGAAUUUAUGCUACUUGUACUGAUAUUUUGAAGUUGAAAAAUUAAAGUUUGGUUUGUCUUUGCUCUUUUCACUGGCAGUUUUAUUAGCAAUUUCUAUGCAGCCUGAACAUUUAGCUUUCACGCAUGUUUCUUUAGGUAUGAUUCAGAAUAAUUGAAAAUGUGUAUAAAAUUCAUUCCAAUUAAUGCACAACCCAGAAAAAAAACUAAUCUUCUCUAUCGAUAUAAAUAUGUCUUAUUAAUGCUUGCAUGCAUGGUGCUUGCAUCUAUUCAACCGCAUAUUGGUGGAACAAAUGGUUUAAUCAACGGUAACUUUAUUAUUCGCUAUUUUGCUGUGCCUUUAACAUAUUUGGAAGCUGGAUUAUUAUGCGACCCUAAAUCGCUGUAUUCAACAUUAAGAGAUGGCUAUCUCUUGUCAUUCGUCAUGACUUUCAUAUACAUUUUAAUGCCCUUUUUAGCACGAAUUGGAACGUAUUUAUUGACCUAUGCGAAAGUUAAUAUAUGGUUAUUGAAAGGCAUAGAAGUAUUGUACUGCAUGCCACCACCAUUUAGUACGGGACUUGCUUUGUGUCGUCUGGCACAAGCCGAUUUGCCUACAAGUGUAAUUACCACUUUGGUGUCCCACUUUGGAGGAUUAUUUUUAUCUCCCCUUUUACUGUAUCUUAUGUUAGGAACGUCCACUCCACCGCUGGUUGGGAUUAAUCUCAGAGAGACUGUAUACAGCACACUUAUCCCACUGGCUGUGGGUAUCAUGCUACGCCUAUACGUACUGAAAGACAAAUACUUGAGUCUCAAUACAGAAUGGUUUUCUCCAACGUUAUUGCUCGCAAUAGCGUAUCACUGGUUUUGCGACGCUGUUUUGGCGGAUGCUUCAUCGUUACAAGCAGUCGAUAUACUAUUCUGCGUACUUAUUGCAUGCGUCGGCCAGCUCUUGCUCAGCAGUUUAUGUUGGAUCUUGUGCUCUCAAUGGCUGCCGCGGAAUAUUCUGUUAGCUGCAUUAUUCACCAGCACCCACAAAUCUGUUGGUCUCGGCGGCUGGAUCUUGCGAGGCGCGUAUCACGGCUCGGCUUACGGACCAGCAGUAAAUUUACCAUUGACGAUAUUACCUGUUGCACAAUUAUUGUUAGGUAGUUUGUUAGCCAGCUGGCUAGCUCCGUAAGAAAUUUGGAAUUACUUUAUGUUGUAUACAAAAUAUCUUGGUUUUUAAAAAGAUGUCAGUUUAUCUUCCAAGUUUGCCAUUUAUAAAAUAAAGUGUAACAAGUAACAUUUUCGCACUGUUUUGUGCACUAGUCAAUUUAAUAAUCUUAACUAGAGUAAAACUAGAGUAAUGUAAAACUUUAGUAAAUUUAAAAUAGGAUUUUAGAAUUUGACGACCAAUUUUGCAUGGAGAUACGUUAGUUAAUUACAUUCAAUUACAUUCAACACAUUUUGAAAUCUUGAAGCCUGGAAAAUGGUGAAUUUAAAUAGAUAAAUUAUUAAAAGAUUUAUGCUGUAAUAUGUAUGUUAUAUAACUAUUACAUAUACAUAAUAUAUGCUAUUUAUGAAUAUAUUAGAAAA